AUGGCCUUCCAGGUCCCAACACACGUCCCCCGCCGCAGAACUUCCUAUUCAACCCCUCCGCCACCUACUCUCGACAUCCCCUCCUCCUUGUCGGAACAGCGCGAUGACGACACCGCACAAUGGGUCCUAUUCUCCCCGACCGCUCGGACACACACCACUUCAACCGAUCGUACGCGUACUGUAGGUGCUUCUCGGCUGAGUGACUUCGGCUCCUUUGCUGCAACCCGCUCUGGAAUCGGCGCCGAGGGAGAAGCCGAUGACGAGAAUGCCCUCGACGAUCAACUGGACGAAGAUGGAACCGAACUAGACAGCCUAGACGAUGGACUGCACGCUUUUCGAAUACCAGACCUAGCCCCGGUUUCCCCAACACGGUUCGAUCAGGGGCCGCCUGCCAUGCUCCCGGCCCAUGACGGGUUAGGCAGUUUCCAGGCCUCGAGUCAGGCAGUCCAGGAUCAGCUGUGGCAGCAUGAGCAAUACAACCCCCAACGGCCCUCGUACGGCCAUAUUCAACAUCACAGUCACUCGAGUGUGCAGAGAUAUCUGGAUACUGUUGAUGAGGGCGAGACAAAUGUCGAGCGAGAACGGUGGCAGCGAAUCGAAGAAUGGCGCAUGGACCAGAGCCGGGCUCUAUUGCAGGAAAUCGAACGAGAAACCCGACAGAGGCGGACUAGUCUGACCAGCCGAUCGAGCCUGCGUCAUUCGGUUGAUCCUAGCCCACAAAGUCGUGUAUCCGAGGUGCUAUCACGGGAUAUAUCACUGUCGAAAGAUGUCUCGGAGGAUGAAGAGUCUUUCUGGCGCCGCAUCACACGCACGGUGAUCCGUGACCUCAUCGGGAUUGAUGAUUCCUUGCUCUCCGUGAUCUUUGGUGAGUCGUUGCCGCUGGACGCGCAACCGCUCCCACAGGAAGAUCCACUAGACAUGGAAACGGUACUAGCUCGUGAACCAGAGCCAGAAUUCAGCUAUUCGCCACUCUGGCAGACAAAGGUGCUUCAAACGAUCGCCCAUGAGCUGGGAAUCCUUGUUCAUCAAAUUUGUGAACAUCCCGGGGCAUUUACAACCUAUUAUCAAAUGACUAAAGACAUAUCCGCCGAAUAUGCGGGGAUGUCUCUCAACCGCCUAGCAGAAAGCGGAAUUUCUCAGAAACCUGCCGAGUCGACCGCAUCAACCGUUGCUGAUACAACUGGCGAUUCCAUGCUAUCACCGCACUUCACGCCCACACUUCGAGACUCGAAUCGGGAGCACGAAGCACAAUGGGGAAUCGAAGAUGACGAUCCAAAGCGAUCUGACCAACUCUCCGAAUCGAUAAAGCUUCAACACGAGUCCGAGUAUUGGGAAAGCGGACUCGAUGUAAUGAUGGUAUUCCGCUACCUCCGCAACCGCUUCAGCCGCCGAGGUUACAUGCCCAAUGAAGCGCACACACCAACCCCACCGCGCCGCGCGCAAGACGCAUCCCGCCGAGCCGCCAUCAUCCGGCAACAUCACCCACUCGUGGCGCGAGCCUACUCCCGAUCACAACCCCAGACCCGUCGCGCAUCACAAUUCUCCGGUGUAUCAAACACAGCGGGUGUCUCCUCGCCAAUCGUACGACCGCAUCGGCGGCCUGGCUCCAGUUGUGCCAGCCAGAGCGCCAAGCUCUCGGCUAUUUCCAGCCGGCGGACGAUGACAAGUUCUAGUCGGAACUAUUGGGAUAUUGGUGGCAGCGAAAGCAAUAGUGUCAUUGGUGUUGGAGCUGGGCUCGGCACCUGGGGUGAGGUGUGA